AUGUUUUACUACUUGUUUCAGCUCAUCAUUGUAGCUCUGUGUACGUGGGUGCACCCAUCGUUGACGGUGGCAUUACUGAUAACAGCUGAUCCUCCCAUAGCAAAGCCUGGCUGCCAGGAUAUCUGUGGGAAUGUAAGCAUUCCAUACCCAUUUGGAAUAGGGGAUGAUUGCUACCACAGCCUACCAUACUCGCUUACUUGCAAUACCUCUUUGUUGCACCCAAAACUUUUUCUGAAUGAAUUUAACCUUGAGGUUGAACAGAUAAGUAUUCAUACUUUGGUUCAGAACACUAUAACAGUAAAAACUCCGCUGCAGAAGACCUGCAGCAUCCUAGAUACAAAUAUAAGCAGCAUCGAUCUUAGGGUAACUCCUUAUUUGUUUACGGCAGGGUACAAUUCUCUUUUUGUUGGGGGUUGUGGGAGUAGCACCCUCUUGUUAGAUAGAAGCAAUAAGAUCAUAGGAGGGUGUGCAACAGUUUGUGAUAAGAGCCCUAUGAUAACGAAUGACUGCAUUGGCCGUGGGUGUUGCAGCUUUAAUCUUCCUGCUUCACUUGACUUCUACAGCAUGAACAUUUUCAACUUUGGUAAUGGUACUAAUGACUGCACAAACACCAUGUUAAUGAAUAGAACCUCAUCAAUUAUCAGCGAGGCUGUUGAUCCAAGUCUCUCUAAGUUUGCAGUAGUCCCGACAGUACUGGAAUGGACACCCGGAAACAUAACAAUGCCCGCUGAUGACCCAAACAAAAAUUGUCAAGGCCCUCCAGAUAAGUAUGAUUGCUAUUGCAAUUAUGGAACUUUUGGGAAUCCUUAUCUUCCAUAUGGGUGCCAAGUCCCUAAAGAAUGCAAGGAAUGUAAGCUAGGGUGCACCAAGCAAGGGAACCAUUAUCUCUGUGUCCGAUGCAAUGAAGAUAAAGCUUAUACAAGGUUGGUCCUUCUGGUUCUUCUUGGUGGUUCAAUCAUUGGCUUAUCGUUGUGUACUGGAAACAUAAGCUGCAUAUAUCUUUGUAUUAAGAAACGGAAGCAUAUGAAAAUGAAAGAGAAAUUCUUCCACCAAAAUGGUGGUUUUUUGUUGAAACAACGGCUUUCUUUGAAUCAAGGCAGCAAUGAUUCAACAAGAAUAUUUACUACUCACGAGUUGAGGGAAGCCACCAACAAUUACAGCAAGCAUAACAUUCUUGGACGUGGUGGUUUUGGUACAGUGUAUAAGGGGAUUUUACCAAAUGACCAAGCAGUUGCAGUUAAAAAAUCCAUGGUAAGUGAUCAGAGUCAAGUCGAGCAGUUCAUCAAUGAGGUGGUAAUCCUAACCCAGAUUAUCCACCGAAAUGUGGUAAAACUCUUAGGAUGUUGCUUGGAGACUGAAGUCCCUUUGUUGGUCUAUGAAUUUGUUUCCAAUGGAACUCUUUUCGAUCACAUACACAAUAAUGGUGCACGUUGGCUUUCAUGGGAAAACUGUCUGAAAAUUUUAACUGAGGCUGCCAAUGCAAAUUCUUAUCUGCACUCUGCAGCUUCAAUGCCCAUCAUCCAUAGAGAUAUCAAGUCUUCCAACAUUCUCUUGGAUGAUAAUUUCACAGCAAAAAUAGCGGAUUUUGGAGUUUCCAGGUUAGUCCCCAUUGAUCAAUUUCAAGUUACCACCCUGGUGCAAGGAACUUUUGGGUAUCUUGAUCCAGAGUAUUUUCUUACAAGUCAUCUGUCUGAGAAGAGUGAUGUCUACAGCUUUGGUGUAGUUCUUGUUGAACUAUUAACAAAGAGAAAACCAGUUUCCUGGGAGACCGGACUGGAAGAUAGAAACUUAGCAAUGCAUUUCAUUAGUGCAAUCAAGAACAAUCAGUAUUUUGAUAUCCUUGAGCCUCAACUCAUGAAGGAAGCAUCUCCUGAGGAGCUUAUUACUAUCGGAAAUCUUGUAGCCCAAUGCCUUAGUGUAAAAGGUGAUGAUCGGCCAUCCAUGAAGGAAUUUGCAAGUGUGUUAGAUGGAUUAUGUAAGCAGACACAGGAUCAUCAGCUUAUUCAAGGCAACAAUGAGAUCCAUGGCUUGUUAAGUGAACAUCGGCUUUUUCAGCCCUCCAUAGACCAGAAUUCAUCUUGUCAGUUGACUUUUGAGAAGGAUAUGAUUAUUGAGAUAUGCUCUCCUCGCUAG